ACUGGAGGAAAGUGACCUACGCUACCGCCCUUGAAACCAUGACCGCAGGCUUUUCACCUGGUACUUGCACACACUUUUGGUUCUGACCAACCCUGUCCAUGUGUAACUCAUGAAAGGCGCCGCGCGUUUCGGGUGUUAUGUCCCAGUUGGCCUAGGCAAAUUACUCGAAUUCCCCAGCGAUUUCGUAUCCGGAGCCGUUAGGGGGCAACAGUGACAGGCAGAGACGUCCCCACCCGCGAUAGGCGGGCAGGCAGUGGGUCAGAGGGUGCGGAGAGAAAGAAUGCCACGUGAACGCAGCGAUGCAGCAACGUCGCCUCUUCUUCUCCGAGCCCUCGUCAUUGGCAUUGGGGCCUGCUCCCUCGCUUGCUUGGUUCGCUUGCUUAGUUCGCUUCUCCGACACCCCAGCUUCCUUAUCUCCUCAACAGUGUUUGUCUUGUGUCUUCUCGUUCGUUUGUCCGACCUUUAUUUUCUUGUUCUCCUGCCAGCCACUAGGCCAGCCGACAAGUAUAAGAGCAUAGCUGACAACGAAACACACACACACACACGUCCACACCUCUUGACAGCUUGAACACCCCCCCCCCGCGCGGAUAUCGAGUGCCAUGAGCGCCUCCAACCACUGCCUCCACACCACGCUUAGUGUUGCUGCGGUGCUCCUCGUUGCGUUUGCCGCCUCGUCCCAAGCCAUCGUCAACGACGGCAUCAACCUGGGAGAUGAGCUCACCCUCUCCGAGUUCCUCGCCGAAGCGAACCUGGAUGGCUGCGCCAACCUGACUGCGUCCUCGGAGGGCUACUACUUCCAAGGCGGCCACGAGACUGGCGUGCUCCAGGCCCGCUGCGAAGUUGGUGGCGAGUGCAUGUGUACCAACUUCAACGAAUGCGACAACGGAAACUGCCAGAAGAUCUUCCGCUGCAACGAUACAGAGACUGAAGGCUGCUUUGCUGUCGCAAACUGCACCCAGGCCACAUUUGACACCUACUUUGCUGUUGAACUUGACUGCUCGCGUGGCGAUCCGCUGACAGAGCGCAAUGAGGAGGAGCUCGACUUCUUUGCCAUGCGCUGGAAGCAGGCCCUCGAGGACGACUGCGAAAUCUCCAGGCUGUGCCGGUACAAGGGCGACACAUCUGCCACGAUUGACGUGAUCAACGCCACAUCGUUCCGCACCAGCGCCCUCAACAGCGCACAUGUCGACGACCUGCUUGUGUGCGCGCAGUCCACAACCUUCCGCUUCAACCGCUGCACCGUCGUGGAUGUGCGUGAGGUGGACGCACCAACCACCACCACAACUACAACCACAACGACGACGACGACAACGACGACGACGACAACAACCACCACGACCACCACCACAACAACGACAACAACGACAACGACAACAACCUCCACGACUACAACUACCCUUCCUCCUUGUGACUACACGUGCGAUGACAACGUCUACAGCUGCCUUGGCGCGGCCAUGUUUGAGAACAACGUGCGCGACACGUUCUCUGAGUGCGUUGCGUCCUACGAGCACCACAGCACCUCUGGCCUGGUUGACUUUGGCAUCUGCCUCGCAGACUGCGAGCAGGUCAUGCCCAGUGACAACUACACCGACGUCAAGGUCAUCCUCGCUUGCUACCGCUCCUGUGCGCUGUCAACGGCGGAUAUGGAUUGCAACGUCACUGCGACAACCACGCCCACGACCACGAUCACGAUCACCACCACAGCCGACUGCACGAACGACGGCUACGAGCCCAACGACAACCCGGAAGGCCCUGGUGCCACCACAGUCACUGCACCCGUCAACCUCAACGCCACCAUCUGCCCAGGCGAUGCCGAUUGGUACAAGUUUGACGUGUGCGGCGGCGGCAACGCGACCAUCAACGCCUACUUUACCCAUGCCGAAGUUGACAUUGGGGUUGCAGUGUAUGACUCCAUUGGAUAUCCUGCUGAUGGCUCUGACGGCAGCACGGACACCGAGUACGUGUUUAUCCAGAACGGUGUCAACGCGACCUACUUCUACGCGGCUUUGGACAGCAACCAAGAGGAGCAGUUUGGCGAUUACCAGCUCACCAUCUCCGUUGACUGCCCCGCCUAAGCGCCGCUGAUGUAUUGCACCAUCCAUGUCUCUUUCUUCCUUUCUUGCUCGUCUGUUUGCUCAACGAUGUUACGCUUUUGUCUGGAUGCACUGCGAUAUGUGUCUGUGGUUGUAUUGUUUGCCUGUGCCUACCUUCUGAUGUGAAUUCAUUUCGCACCCAUCCCAUUCGUUCGUUCGUUCGUUCGUUUGCUUGAACAUUACAUUCAUUCAAUCGCCA